AAAAAGGAAAAAAAACAACAACAAGAACAACGACCUACCAAUGGACAAGUUGAGCAAAGCCAAGAAGGCGGAAAUGUGCAAUACAUUUGCCAUAUUGGACGUGGACGGAAGUGGACUCCUGACCGCCAGCGAGCUGCGCGGAAUGAUGCGUGUUUUUGGCUAUGAGAACAGCGAGGAGGAUGUGCAGCGCAUGAUCGACGCCGUGGAUACCGAUGGCACGGGCAAAAUGGACUGUGCCAAGUUCUGUGCAGCAUUGCUAUGGAAUCUGAAGCCCGAGGAGAAGCUGUGCGAUGUGUGCAAGCAGCCGAAGGGCGACGGAGUCGAUGGUCCCAAUGGCUCAUAGUUCGAAUUUGAAAAGGAAUUGUUAUUUAGUUCGAUUUAGGCUGUACCCAAAUAGUUUUUCGUUUAUAUUUGUUAUGCAAUUGUGCCCCAUAUGGCAUACAUAUGUUAUUGAAAUUUAUGAAAAGAACUUUUCUCCAAGCGAUGGAUCUUUAAUUUCCUGGAAAACACGAGCUGAAAAUGAAAAAAAAAACAAAAAAAAAAAUUAUGUGUUACAUUGAAGAGUAAAUAAAAAGCGUUAAAUAAA